CAUGCGUGCUGUGCAGCACGGGCGGGCUGAAGGGGCGGUGUCUGGUGGGCUCUAGGAAGUGAGGGCUAUGGCCUCGUCUCGGGUCUCUUCUGACAUUGCUCUCCAAGAAGCCACUCAGCGAAAGUUGCGGAGGUUCUCUGAGCUGAGAGGCAAACCUGUAGCAGCUGGAGAAUUCUGGGAUAUUGUUGUAAUCACAGCAGCUGAUGAAAAACAGGAACUUGCUUAUAAGCAACAGUUGUCAGAAAAGCUGAAAAAAAAGGAGUUACCCCUUGGAGUUCAUUACCAUGUUUUUGUUGAUCCUGCUGGAGCCAAAAUUGGAAAUGGAGGAUCAACACUUAGUGCCCUUCGAUGUUUGGAAAAGUUAUAUGGAGAUAAAUGGGAUUCUUUUAUUAUACUGUUAAUUCACUCUGGUGGCUACAGUCAACGCCUUCCAAAUGCCAGUGCACUGGGAAAAAUUUUUACUGCUUUACCUUUUGGUAACCCCAUUUAUCAGAUGUUAGAAUUAAAACUAGCCAUGUACAUUGAUUUCCCCUCACAUAUGAAUCCUGGAAUUCUGGUCACAUGUGCUGAUGAUAUUGAACUUUAUAGUAUUGAAGAUUCUGAGUUUAUUAGAUUUGACAAACCUGGGUUUACUGCUUUAGCUCAUCCUUCUAGUUUGAAGGUAGGUACUACACAUGGAGUAUUUGUCUUCGAACCUUUCGAUUACUUAGAAUCCAAGGACCUUGAAUACAGGUGUUGUCAUCGUUUCCUUCAUAAGCCCAGCAUAGAAAAAAUGCAUCAGUUUGGUGCUGUGUGUAGAUCAAGAAAUUUUUCUCAACAGCACUUUGCUGGGAGUGACAGUACCUCUCUUAAAUUAGAUCCCGAGUAUGUCUAUACUGACAGCCUUUUUUAUAUGGAUCAUAAAUCAGCAAAAAAGUUGCUUUCUUUUUAUGAAAAAAUAGGCACACUGAACUGUGAAAUAGAUGCCUAUGGAGACUUUCUUCAGGCUUUGGGGCCUGGAGCAACUGUGGAGUAUACCAGCAAUACGUCUAAUGUCACAAAAGAAGAUCCAGAGUUGGUCAUCAUGAGACAGAGAAUAUUUCACCUUCUAAAAGGAACAUCUCUAAAUGUUGUUGUUCUUAAUAAUUCCAAGUUUUAUCACAUUGGAACAACUGAAGAAUAUUUGUUUCAUUUUACUUCAGAUGUCAAUUUGAAGCUAGAACUUGGCUUACAGUCCAUAGCUUUCAGCAUCUGUCCAGCAAUACCAAAAUGCUCUGAUAACACAUCCUGUAUCAUUCAAAGUAUACUGGAUUCAAGAUGUUCAGUGGCAUCAGGCUCAGUUGUAGAAUAUUCCAGAUUGGGUCCUGGUGUUUCAGUUGGGGAAAACUGCAUUAUUAGUGGCUGUAAUAUCAUAACAACUGCUCUUUUGCCUGCAAAUUCUUUUGUGUGUUCUUUAAGCUUGAAGAUGAAUGAACACUUAACAUAUUCGACCAUGGCAUUCGGAGUGCAAGACAAUUUAAAAAAGGUUGUUCAAACCUUGUCAGAUAUAAAGUUACUUAAAUUAUUUGGAGUCUGCUUUCUGUCAUGCUUAGAUAGCUGGAAUCUGAGAGUUACAGAGGAACUGUUUUCUGGGAACAAGACAUGUUUGAGUUUGUGGACUGCUCGCAUUUUCCCAGUUUGUUCUUCUUUGAGUGAUUCAGUCACAGCAUCCCUGAAGAUGCUAAAUGCUGUAAAGAACAAGUCAACAUUUAGCCUAACUAACUAUAAGCUGUUAUCCAUUCAAGAAAUGCUUGUCUACAAAGAUGUGGAAGACAUGAUAGCUUACAGGGAACAAAUUUAUCUAGAAAUUACUUCAAACAGGAAAAACAGUUAAUUUAGAGAUAGCUUAAAUAUGAUAUUAUUUCUAUUUUUGAUAAGAAGAUUACAGAUACAAGAAUAUUUGUGGGGAAUGGUGUUUAAUUAAAGUAAAUUAAAAUAAUUGUAGCAUAAUAUUAAUAUAAAAAUAUUUUUUAAUUUCUUUUAUUCAGUCAAUGUGAGAUAAAUAAAGUUGUCCAUGAUUGGGUUUCAGUCAUACAAUGUUCCAACACCCUUCCCUUCACCAGUGUGCAUUUCCCACCACCAAUGUCCCCAGUUGCCCUCCUUUCACCUCCUACCAUCAAUCAGUCUGCCUUUACAGCAGUUAUUAUCAUUAUAAAAUUAAUGAUAACUAUUUUUUAAGAAUUAAUAUGAAGACUGUAAGAUCAGAAAU